GGGACGGGAGCGGGGGCCGGGCCCCGGGCAGGCGCUGGCCGUCCCCACCAUGGCUCUGCGGCGGGUGCUGGGGCUGGGGGGGGCCCCGGGGCGCCGGAGCUGCUGCUCCAAGCGCCCGCUGCCCCCCGACUUCGUGGAGGCCCUGAGGGCGGUGGUCGGGGGCCCCAACGUCUCCACGGCCACGGCAGUGCGCGAGCAGCACGGCCACGACGAGUCCAUGCACGUCUGCGCCCCGCCGGACGCCGUGGUGUGGCCCCAGGCGGUGGGGCAGGUGCAGGAGCUGGCGGCGCUCUGCUACCGCUGCCGCGUGCCCAUGGUGCCCUUCGGCACCGGCACCGGCCUCGAGGGCGGCGUCAACGCCGUGCAGGGCGGCGUCUGCUUCGACCUGAGCCGCAUGGACGCCAUCGCGGAGCUGAGCCUCGAGGACUUCUCGGUGACGGUGGAGCCCGGCGUCACCCGCAAGGCCCUCAACAGCCACCUGCGUGGCACCGGGCUCUGGUUCCCUGUCGACUCCAGGGCAGACACCUCGCUGUGUGGCAUAGCAGCCACAGGUGCCUCGAGCACUAACGUGGUGUGGUAUGGCACCAUGCAGCCCCAUGUGCUUAACCUGUGUGUGGUGCUGCCUGAUGGGCGCCUGCUCCUCACCGCCAGCCCUGGACCCAGGCCAGGUGGGCACUGGGAGGCCAGGCUGGGUAGGGGCUGCAGGGGCACCCACUCACUGGCCCCUCACAGGAAGCAGGCUGCCAGGUGAGGGACAGGCAGUGGGAUGGGGACAAUGGGAGCAGCACCCCAUGGAGCUGCGGGUGCCACGGCUCUGUCCUGCCCAGCCCAGGGCUACUCCACGGACGUCUGUGUGCCCAUCUCCCGCCUGCCCGACGUGGUGGUGGAGACCAAGCGGGACCUGCAGGACUCCGGCCUCACCGGCCCCACAGCAGGACACAUGGGUGACAGCAACUUCCACUGCUUCCUCAUCUUCAACUCCCAGGACCCGGCCAAAGCCCAGCAUGUCCAUGCCUUCACCCAGCACCUGGGCAGAUGGGGACAGGGACAUCCCAGGUGGGACAGGGCAACAGAUGCCCCCAUGCCAUCCCCUGACCCCUCCGUCUCACAGGCAGGCACUGGUGGUGGGGGACACUGCAGUCCCCAUCUGGUACAGUAG